AUGGAUAAGGAUGACCUAACCAGUGCUCAAACUAGUAUUGAGAGGACAGUAAGAUUAUGUACAGUGAAAAUCAAUGGCCAACCAUCAAAAUCAUCUAAAUGUUAUAUAAUGGACAAACUUUUCAGAAAUUAUUAUCCUAAUAGACUAACCGAUGAGGAACUACAUGCACGGCUCAUAUACGCUACAGUCAUGGCCAUGGAUGCCCAACUAGAGUUGCUAACUAAUUGUUAUCAAUUAACUAGUCUAACCUGUAUAUUAUUCAAAGUGUCUAGAUCAAUUUACCAGUUUCGACAAUGUCGAUCACUGUAUAAAACAAGAAAACCGUUUGCAUGGAUAAGCCCGAGAUCCCGGAGCCACUAUGAGUCAGGCCUACGAUUGGAAAGGGCUGUCCGGCAACUAUUCACGAGUCAAUUGCCUACAAAAUUGUUGAAAACAUUCAAACUUAUUGACUCCAAGUAUGGUUUGCUACCCGAGCUAGCGCUCCGGGAUCUUCAAAAACUGGUGUCAGAUAAAAGUAUUGGCGGUAUUUAUCAAUUGAUGGCCGAGUUUGUCAUACUAUGGUAUUGGUUGUAUAGUAGACGACAUAAUACCGGUGCCAUAUCUAUGGAUAGAUUUUUUGGCGGCGAUAAACAUAUCCAUAAUUUUUUGAUUGAAUUUUUAGAUAAAAAAUUACUGCAAUUUCCUAAUAGUUUUAUCUAUGGUUUGGCUAAAACAAAGCUCAUAUACUGGGAAUCGGUAGACAAAGCUAUCGGUGCCUACGAGUUGUUAGUUGUUGUUAACAACCACUCUCAAUGGCCUACCAAUGGGCUCAUGUAUCACAAGUUUGCCUACUGGGAGCUAAUGUUUGCCCACGCCAUCAAAUGUGAAUGGUAUCUAUGUAUACGUUAUGCACAGUUACUGCGCCAGUCAUCCACCACUACCACCACCACGACUGUCCACUAUUCGCCAGCCAUUGCCGCCUAUUUGGAGGCCGUAUUUCGCUAUACGCUGGCCUACGAUGACAAUGAUAGCCGACUCAAACAAGAGGCCACACAAUUGUUCCGGUAG